CAGCCAACAUGUCUUCCAGACCAGAGCUCAAGACACCAACAGGUCGAUGAUGAGCACGGCUUCAUCCGAUACUACAAGUCCCUUCCCAAGGUCGACGAGGACGUGAUUCGCAUAUUCGAUCGAGGUGACUGGUACACUGCACACGGAGAAGAUGCCAAUUUCAUCGCGCGCACUGUCUACAAGACCACCUCGGUUGUCAGACAACUGGGCAAAAAUGACCACACCGGCCUGCCAUCAGUCACCAUGACUGUCACCGUCUUCAGGCAGUUCCUUCGGGAAGCGUUAUACAAGCUGGGAAAGAGAAUCGAGAUUUAUGCCAGCCCCAACGGCCGCAUGAACUGGAAGAUUGUGAAGCAAGCCUCGCCAGGCAACCUGCAAGAUGUCGAGGACGAACUUGGAGGGCAGUUCGAGGGAGCGCCAGUGAUCUUGGCCGUCAAAAUCACAGUCAAGGCAUCAGAAGGCAGGACGGUUGGCGUGUGCUUUGCCGAUGCCAGCGUAAGAGAGCUCGGUGUCAGCGAGUUUCUCGACAACGAUCUGUACUCCAACUUUGAGUCUCUGGUCAUUCAACUCGGCGUCAAGGAGUGCCUCAUGCAGAUUGACAAGGCAGAGAAAAACAAGGAUCCAGAGCUGGCAAAGCUGAGACAAAUCCUCGACAGCUGUGGCAUUGCCGUUUCGGAGAGACCAGCAGGCGAGUUUGGCACCAAGGACAUUGAACAGGAUCUGGCAAGGCUGCUGAAGGACGAGCGGUCUGCGACGUUACUCCCACAGACCGACUUGAAACUUGCUAUGGGCUCAGCAGCUGCUCUGAUCAAGUAUCUUGGUGUUUUACACGACCCUUCCAACUUUGGACAUUAUCAGCUCUACCAGCACGACCUUGCCCAGUUCAUGAAGCUUGAUGCCGCCGCGCUCAAAGCCCUCAACCUCAUGCCCGGUGCCCGGGAUGGUGCCAAGACCAUGAGUCUGUAUGGUCUCUUGAACCACUGCAAGACUCCUGUUGGUAGCAGGCUGUUGUCUCAAUGGUUGAAGCAGCCCCUGAUGGACAAGGCCGAGAUUGAGAAGCGUCAGCAGCUUGUCGAGGUGUUUGUCAACGACACUGAGCUUCGACAGACUAUGCAGGAGGAGCACCUCAGGUCUAUUCCUGACUUGUACAGGCUAUCCAAGCGCUUUCAGCGGAAGAAGGCAACCCUCGAAGAUGUCGUCAGAGCUUACCAGGUCGUCAUCCUCCUGCCCGGCUUCCUAUGCACACUCGAGGGAGUGAUGGACGAAGCUGCCCGUGACCCCCUCGAUGAGGCUUACACCAACAAACUCCGCGAGCUCUCCAACAGUCUAGUCAAACUCCAAGAAAUGGUCGAAACCACCGUCGACCUCGACGCCCUCGAAAACCACGAGUUCAUCAUCAAACCCGACUUCGACGACGGCCUCCGCAUCAUCCGCAAGCGCCUCGACAAGCUCCGCUCAGACAUGGACAAGGAAUUCUCCGAAGCAGCCAACGACCUCGACCAAGAGCGUGACAAGAAGAUCUUUCUCGAGAACCACAAAGUCCACGGCUGGUGCAUGCGCCUAACCCGGACAGAAGCAAGCUGCAUCCGCAACAAGUCCCGCUAUCAAGAAUGCUCAACCCAGAAGAAUGGAGUCUACUUCACCACCAAAACCCUCCAAGCCUACCGCCGGGAAUUCGACCAGCUCUCCCAAAACUACAACAGAACCCAAUCCGGCCUCGUCAACGAAGUUGUCGGCGUAGCAGCCUCGUACUGCCCCGUUCUCGAAAAGCUAGGCGGCGUCCUCGCCCAUCUAGACGUGAUCGUCUCCCUCGCCCACUGCGCAGAGAACGCCCCCGUCUCCUACGCCCGUCCCAAAAUCCACCCACGAGGUCAAGGACAAACAAUCCUCACCGGAGCCCGCCACCCCUGCAUGGAAAUGCAAGACGACGUCACCUUCAUCACCAACGACGUCUCCCUCACCCGCGACAGUUCUUCCUUCCUGAUCAUCACAGGCCCAAACAUGGGCGGCAAGUCAACCUACAUCCGCCAGAUAGGCGUCAUAGCCCUCAUGGCACAAAUCGGCUCCUUCGUCCCCUGCGAGUCGGCCGAGCUGACCAUCUUUGACUCGAUCCUCGCCCGCGUGGGGGCAAGCGACUCGCAACUAAAGGGGGUAUCAACCUUUAUGGCCGAAAUGCUCGAAACAGCCAACAUUCUCAAGUCAGCCACCUCCGAAUCCCUGAUUAUCAUCGACGAGCUAGGCCGCGGAACGUCGACCUACGACGGGUUCGGUCUCGCGUGGGCGAUUUCGGAGCACAUAAUCCAACAGAUCGGGUGUUUUGCCCUGUUUGCGACUCAUUUUCAUGAGCUGACCGCCCUCGCGGAAAAGUACCCGCAGGUUCAGAACCUGCAUGUUACGGCGCAUAUUACGAGCGACAGGGACGUGAAGAGGGAGGUGACGCUGCUGUAUAAACUCGCUCCGGGGAUCUGCGACCAGAGCUUUGGGAUUCAUGUCGCCGAGCUGGUGAGGUUUCCGGACAAGGUUGUCAGGAUGGCGAAGCGGAAGGCGGACGAGCUGGAGGAUUUUACGAGUAAGCACGAGGCGGGGAGUGUCAAGUAUGGGAAGGGGGAUGUGGAGGAGGGGAGCGCGUUGUUGAAGGAUGUGCUGGUGAAGUGGAAGGAUCAGGUCAAGGGGGGGGGGAUGACGAAGCAAGAAAUGGUGGAGAGGUUGAGGGAGCUUGUCAGGAAUGAUGAGAGGUUGGAGGGGAAUCCGUUUUUUCAGAGUGUGAAGGCUUUGUAG